AUGUUGGCCUUUUUAAUACUCGCCUUUGUAGGCACCGUCACAACUCGGUCCGCACCGUCUGUAGACUUUACACCAGUGAAUCAAUUUACCUUACAAUUGUUAGAAAAUAUUCACGCAUAUGAAGAGAAUUUCGGAAAUAAAAAUAUUGCAAUAUCCCCAGUGUCGAUUUGGAGUAUAUUUGCUCUUCUCGCAGAAGGAUCUACGGGUGAUACGUUCGCAGAAUUAGUGACAGCUCUAAGAUUGCCGAAAGAUUUAAGAAAAACACAGUGUCUUCAUACCGCCGCUAAAAGUGUUCUGAGGUCAGACAAUGAAGGUGUAACUUUUAAAGGACAAUCUUAUAUGUUUACUGAGUGUUCGACCAAAGUACACGAUGAAUUCUGUGAGGCAGCGUUGUUGUACGGUAUGUCAAUUUAUGCAUCAGAGACGACAAACACAACAGAAUUGGCUCAAGAUAUUAACGUUCAUAUUUGUUACGCUACCGAUGGAAGGAUUCUAAACGCAAUCAAACCAGCAGAUUUAGAAAAUCUACGAAUGGUUCUUAUCGAUGCCCUAUACUUUAAAGCCAACUGGACCCAUCCUUUUGACCCUAUACAGACAAAAGAGGAACCCUUUUACAACUCCCAAGGGAAGACUAUUGGAUCUGUCAAUAUGAUGUACCAUAAAGCCCCCCAUUACUCAGGAGACUCUGAAGAAAUUGGUGCCCAAAUACUGGAAAUGACUUACGGUAACAAUGAAGAAUUUUCAAUGAUGUUACUGGUUCCCCACGAAGGCAUCUCAAUAAAAACACUUCUCAACAAUUUGGCAACAAAAUCACAGAACUGGAUGACAGAUUUUAGAGUAGCGGGCAGCUUACCGCCAAUUGAUACUUAUGUACCACGUUUCAAACUGACAUCGAAGCUGGACUUAAUUCCUCCAAUGCGCUACACCGGUAUACUUUCAAUAUUUGAUAAACAGAAGGCUAAGUUACCUGGUGUAGCAGAUAAUCCUCUGUUUGUGUCUGCUUCUGUUCAGAACGUUGACAUAGAAGUAAAUGAAGAAGGAACUGUGGCCGCUGCCGCAACGGUAGUAGGAUUAGAAGACAGGAUACUAGGACGUCGGUUUGAAGCAAAUAAAGAAUUUGUAUUUUUAAUUGUGCAAAGAAGUUGCAACUUAAUUUUAUUUGCAGGAAUUUACGGAGAACCUUCAGUUGUGUGA